AUGUCAGCCCAAUCACGCUCGUACGCCAGCAUUGCCGCUGGUGCGUCUGCCACUUCGAAUCAGCGUUCUCGCUCAUCACCUCUGCAAGAGGCUCCACAACGUCAGACCAGCCCCAAUCCUGCCUACGCCCCAAAUACCACAUCCCCAGAAGACCACGUCUACGUCCUUACACUCCUGACCUCGCCAAGCCUCUCCACGCCGCUCAACGCCCUCCGCGAAUGCCACUUCCCACGCCAUCUCAACCGCACCGCGGCCCACCUCACCCUCUUCCACGCCCUGCCGCAUUCCCCGCACAAAGAUCCUCGUCACGCUCAAGUGCUGUGCUGA